AUGACCGAGGAGGAGCGAGCACUCGAAGCUGAACUAAUCAAUCUGAAAACCUCGUUAGAAAAUGCUAGGAAAGCAGUGGCUGAUACGGAUUUUUAUAAAAUGACCGAACAUGUCCUUGAACUUGGACGUAUCAAGUUCAAAGUACGGAAGCACUUGCGUGGGCAUUUAGCAAAAGUUACAUGUAUCCAGUGGGCUUCAGACAAUCAGCUUCUUCUAUCUGCAUCCCAAGAUGGGAAGUUGAUUGUUUGGGACACGUAUACCGCAAAAAAGGUUCACAUGAUCCCUUUGAAAACCGCCUGGGUCAUGGGAUGCGCUUUUGCACCCUCGUUAAAUUUAGUCGCAAGCGGUGGCCUGGACAAUAUGGUAUCUCUGUUCAGCCUCAAAUCACGUGACAGUUCUGCGAAGCUAAUUCGUGAGCUAAAUGGUCACACCGGUUACGUUGGUUGCCUCCGGUUCAUCGACGAUCAGCAUUUACUAACUUCUUCUGGAGAUAAAACUUGUGCUUAUUGGGACGUGGAAAGUGCGAAAAUCAUAACAAGCUUCCGUGGUCAUGCAAACGACGUGACCGCAAUCGCCUUUUCCAAACAAGUUCCCACCAUGUUCGUGUCUUCCUCCUCCGAUCAUACUUGUCGUCUAUGGGAUUUACGAGUCACUGGAGCGGUUCAGUACUUCGAAGGGCACCAACAAGAUGUCAAUGGCGUGGACUUUUUCCCUGUGAAUUCCUACGCAUUUGCGUCAUCCUCGGACGAUGGUUCGUGUCGCUUGUGGGAUCUCCGGGCCGAUCAGGCUAUCGGUGUGUAUAUUGAUGAUUUUAUUAGCUGCGGCAGUAGUAGUGUGGCUAUAUCGAAAUCCGGACGGUUACUAAUUGCUGGUUAUGAUGAUUUCAAUUGUCACGUAUGGGAUCUCCUCCGCGAGGAACGUGUGGGAAUUUUGUCCGCUGGUGUUGGUGUGGCUACCGGUUCUUGGGACACGACUUGCCUAAUCUGGACUGCGAAAUAA